AUGGCUUCAGAAGAGGCUGCUGACCUGGGAGUGCAGCCCAUCACCCCCACAGAUCCCACUGCCCCCUCUGUCCCCACCCUUACCACAACUCCUGCAGCCCCCACAGACCCCACUGCCCCCUCUGUCCCCACCCUUACCACAACUCCUGCAGCCCCCACAGACCCCAUUGCCCCCUCUGUCCCCACCCCUGCAGCCCCCACAGCCCCCACCAGUUGCAAGAAGAGCCGGAAGAAAAAGAAGGAGAAGGCUGAGGCCAAGGAAGUUGCCCAGGAGGGAGGGGACGAGAUGGCAGGGCGGGUGGCUGCGAUYGAGGGUCUCACACGAGCCGGGCAGCAGGCACUGGCCCUGGGUGCCAGGCGGGAGGCAGUGGGGUGUUUCAGGAAGGCUCUGCUGCUCUCUGAGGACACAGUGAGUCCCCAGCUCCACAGGGCUUGUGCCUUCAACCUGGGGGCUGCCUAUGUGGAGACUGGYAAGCCCAAAAAGGCCCUUGAGUUCCUCCUCCAGUGCCAGUCCUCAGAGGCAGAGAGCGGGGAGCACUUGGGAAGCCUUCAUUUCAACGCCGGGGCGGCUCAUGAAGGGCUKGAGGAUUUUCCAAAGGUUCUGGAGUGUUCUGACAGAGUCACCAGCCAUGACAGCGCUGAGCAGGCUGGCAGCAGAGCAGAGACCAGCGUGCAGAUGGGCUGCUGCUACCUGGGGAUGCGGGACCCGGCUCGAGCCGCGCGCUGUUUCCUGGAUGCAGCACAGGCCUAUGUGGCUACAGAGAGCCAUGAGGCUGCAGCCGUGGCUCUGAGCAGGGCCAGCAGCUCCAUGCUGCAGAGCCGGYGCUUUCGGGAGGCAGAGAUCGCCGGGGUUCUUGCCCAGUGCCGCUCGCUCUGUGAGAGCAUUCCCAACUCGGCUCUGCAAGGGAAACUCUACAACGACAUCGGCCUUGGUUAUUCCCAGCUCCACAUCUUCUCGCUGGCUGUGGAGAGCUUUGAGCAGGCCCUGGGGCUUUGUGGCGGGGAGUCGGAGCAGGAUCAGCACCAGGAGGCUGCGCUGCUGCAGAAUUUGGGUGCUGCUCACAACGCCCUGCGCAGCUUCGGCACGGCGCUGGGCUGGCACCGGCGAGCAGCCGCGCUGCACGGUGCUCUGGGGAACCGCUGGGCGCAGGGGCAGUGCUUUGGGAACCUGGCRUACGCCUGCAGCCAGCUCGGGAACCACAGGGCUGCCGCGGAGAACUACCUGCACGCCCUGCAAGCCUUCCAGGAUUCGGGAGACUUGGAGGGGCAGUGGCAAGCGUGCGAGGGGCUGGGCACAGCGUGCUUCCACCUGGGAGACCCCCAGAGAGCCAUCGGGCACUAUCAGGAGGCUCUGAUUCUGCUUUCCCGSUGUCAGGACACCCCCAGAGCUGCCCACAAACGGGUUGUGCACAAGCUCACGGAUGCCAUCCAGCACCGGCUGCGCCUCAGCCACCUCUCCUUCCAGAGGGGCUGGGCUCCCACCCCAGCCCUGGUGAGCAUCACCCGGGGCAUGGGACACUCUGUGGGGCUGGGAUCCCAAUGAGAGUUGUGGCAAGAGGUGCCYGAGUUUGCUGGGCAGAGGGAUACACGUGUUAAUCCCAUCA